AGAUGGAUUUUCUGUUUCUCUUCUUGCUCUACUUGGUCUGUUUGCUGCUCAGUGGUGUCCUGAUCUACAUGGGCUCUAGAACCCAGUACUUGAAUGGCCUGAUCAGGAGAGGAACUCAGGUAUUUUCUUCCUUGGUUCCAGGGCGCCUUCAGAAAGCUGUGCAGGGAUUGCUUCAUUACUUCUUCCACACACGGAACCGCUGUUUCCUCGUACUUCACCUACUCCUCCAGGGCACCAUUUACUUUGAGUACUCCUGGGAGAUAUUCGGCUACUGUCAACAGCUGGGCUUCUUCUUGUCCUACCUGCUUCUGCCCUACCUGCUGCUGAUUGUAAACCUGGUUUUCUUCAUCUUAACUUGUGUGACUGACCCUGGAACCGUGACUAAAGCUAAUGAGUCCUUCUUCCUGCAAGCUUAUGCGUUCGAUGGAGUAAUGUACUCAAGGAAUGCACGGUGCUGCUCCUGUGGGCUCUGGAAACCAGCACGCUCCAAGCACUGCAGUGUGUGUGGCCGCUGUGUGCACCGCUUCGACCAUCACUGCAUCUGGGUGAACAACUGCAUAGGCGCUGGGAAUACCCGGUUCUUCCUGGGCUACCUGUGCACCCUGAUGGCAUCUGCAGCGACCCUGGCCGUCCUAAGUGCAGCGCUGCUGCUCCAGCUGGUGGUGAUGGCUGACCUGUACUCCGAGACCUACGUUGACGACCAGGGGCACAUCCAGGAUGUGGACACCAUCUUUCUUGUCCAGCACCUGUUCCUGUCCUUCCCAAGGGUGGUCUUCACACUGGGCUUUGUGGCAGUGCUCAGCUUCCUGCUGGCAUCAUAUCUGUGCUUCCUCCUCUACCUGGCUGCCACCAACCAGACCACAAAUGAGUGGUACAAGGAUGAGCGAACUCAGAGCCCACACCGAAACCCAUCUAUCAAGUCCCAGAACUUUUACUCCAAUGGACUUUGGAGCAACCUUGGCGAGAUCUUUCUAGGUGCUCCUGGGCUUCCAGUGAAGAAGAAGAAGAGUUGAGUGUUGCCUUGAGGACUGGGUGCUGUCACUCACGAGGAUACUUGCCUUCCUCACACUGCUGUUUUGUUGUGA